CCACCUUAUACACGGUUCAGAUGUGUCGCACACUCGCAAGCUUCCCACGAGUGCUGAUGCAUGUGUAGAGAAGAGCUACUGUGGCUAACAAAACCUCAGCCUCAGGCCGUACAUUUUCCCGCCCAAAAUCAUCUCUCUCUUUCUCACAUACCCUCUCUGCCUUUCUUCCUUUCGACUCCGAAAUCCCAAAAACCACAAUCACAUCAGAAAUGGUCACAGAAAUGGGCACAUCAUCCUCUUCCUCCACCUCAGAUCACAUCCAUGCCGUUGGUCACUUCCUUCUCCGCCACUACUCUCAUCCACUCCGUUCAAUCCUUCUCUCCCCAGAUCCUUUGCUCCACUACCCGCUCAUAAUCGAUUUCGCAGAGCUAACAGAAGCAAACCCUUCUCUAGCCUAUCUUCUCUUCUCCCAACCCACACAAUUUCUCCCUCUCUUCGAUGAGGCCGCUCAUCUUGCUCAGGACACCAUGUUCAAAGGCAUUAAGGACCGCAACAGUGUGAUUUUAAAGGAUUUUGUGCAUGUCCGCAUCAACAUCAGCGGCUCUCCUUUAGAAUUCCCUGAGACGUUCCCGAGCAUUGGGCGUGUGAGAGUGAAGCAUCGGGGCAUCCUUCUUACUCUCAAAGGGACUGUCAUAAGGUCUGGAGCCAUCAAGAUGAUUGAAGGUGAACGGGAAUACCAAUGCCGGAAAUGCAAGCAUAUAUUUAAAAUUUAUCCAGAGCUGGAAACUGGAAAUUCCAUCAGACUUCCAACAUCUUGCCCUUCAAAGGGUGCUAGGCCUUGUGAAGGUGCAAAUUUUCAGUUUGUGGAAAACAGUAUCAUAUGCCAUGAUUAUCAGGAGAUAAAAAUCCAGGAGAGCACCCAGGUUUUGGGUGUUGGGUCUAUUCCUCGUUCAAUUACAAUUAUUCUGAAGGAUGAUCUUGUCGACAUGGUUAAAGCAGGAGAUGACAUAAUUGUUACAGGGGUUUUGUCAGCAAAAUGGUCCCCAGAUUUAAAGGAUGUCCGCUGUGACCUUGAUCCUUUUUUAAUGGCUAACCACGUGAGGAGAACCAAUGAACUAAAAUCAGAUAUUGAUAUCCCUGUUGAUGUUGUCAAGAAGUUUGAGCAGUUCUGGUUAGACUUCAAAGAUAAUCCCUUGAAAGGACGAAAUGCCAUUUUGCAAGGAAUUUGCCCACAAGUUUUUGGACUCUUCACAGUGAAGCUUGCAGUGGCAUUAACAUUGAUUGGAGGUGUGCAACACAUUGAUGCUUCUGGGACAAAGGUUCGGGGAGAAUCUCAUCUUCUUCUAGUUGGUGACCCAGGUACGGGAAAGUCUCAGUUUCUGAAGUUUGCUGCUAAAUUAAGCAACCGAUCUGUGAUUACUACUGGUUUGGGGAGCACUAGUGCUGGCUUAACCGUUACUGCUGUCAAGGAUGGAGGCGAAUGGAUGCUGGAGGCUGGGGCCCUUGUUUUGGCAGAUGGUGGACUUUGUUGCAUAGAUGAAUUUGAUAGCAUGCGGGAGCACGACAGGGCAACCAUACAUGAAGCCAUGGAGCAACAAACUAUAAGUAUUGCUAAGGCUGGUCUUGUGACAACCCUUAGUACCAGGACGAUUGUCUUUGGCGCGACAAACCCAAAAGGGCAGUACGAUCCUAAUCAACCUUUGUCUGUCAAUACGACGCUCUCUGGACCAUUAUUGAGCAGAUUUGAUAUAGUACUUGUACUCUUGGAUACGAAGAACCCAGAAUGGGAUGCAAUUGUUUCAUCUCACAUUCUUUUCGAGAAAGAGGAUACGGAAAAGAGCGAUGAAGACCUAACAAACGUCUGGACACUGCCAAUGGUCAGGAGGUAUAUUCACUAUGUAAAAGGGUAUUUCAAACCCGUCCUAACUAAGGAGGCAAAAAGAGUCAUUUCGAGUUAUUAUCAACUUCAAAGGAGAUCAGCAACUGAGAACGCAGCAAGGACAACAGUUCGCAUGCUUGAAAGUUUAAUUAGGAAUUGGGCUCUUUUUCUUAUUGCAGCACAUGCAAGACUCAUGUUCAGAAAUGAGGUCACUCGACUAGAUGCAAUUGCUGCCAUCUUAUGCAUCGAAUCAUCAAUGACAACAUCUGCUAUAGUUGAUAGUGUCGGGAAUGCUCUACACUCCCAUUUUACUGAAAACCCAGAUCAGGAAUUUGCCAAGCAGGAAAAGGUGAUCCUUGAAAAGCUGAAAUCCAUCGAUGACUACUCUGACUCAAAUGGCUUGGAGGAGUUGAAUUGCAGAUAAGAACAUACAUGGGUCUACAUUUUGGAAGCUGAGGUAUUGAGAAGGCAUUUGUAGUGGGUUAAUUGAUAGCACAUUUUGAUAAAGGUCCUUGCAGAGGAUGUUUUACCAUGAAAAGAUUGGAUGGCAAUUCACAUAUGUUGGAUACAUCACCGUUAGUGUAUAGGAUCUGGAAGCUGGGAACUUUUACCUUAUACAUUGAUGGAAUGCACGAGUUCCUUCCAAGUAAUUUGCUAACCAGAAAGCACUGAAAGGCACUGAUUGAUGGUAUGAUACUUAACCAUUUGUAGAACUUACCGGGAGCAAUGUAGCUAGUCUGAGCUUGAAAACAUCCUACUUUAGGAGUAAUUGAGCGUCUGAAAUGAUGAUUAGGAAAGCUGCGUUAUGAAUGUGGCAUGCAAUGUGGAGUUCACAAGUAUCUUUUGUUUUCUUAUUUAAUUAUAGCAUCUUUCUUGUUCAGGAUUUAGAUCUGUGAUGCCUUUUAAGUUGUCAUUUACCUUUUUCAAAAUAUCAUUCAGAUACUAA